UCUCCGCCGCCCGACCAGGCUCCCGCUGCAAGCGCCUCCGCCCGCCGCUAUCGAACGACGUUUCUUUGUUCCAGUUGCGCCGCGCCGCAUGCUCUCUCCCGCUGCCCCACAUCCACAAUGAGCGACUACGGCGACGACUCCGAUUACGAGUAUGGUGCAGGGGACUGGUUCUAUGUCGAGGAGGAGUAUAUGCCCGCCGACGACCUCGCAGAGCAUGCUGUACAAUCGCCGCCCCCUACCGCGUACGAUGAGGAAAUGAUGGAGGAAUGGGACCGCUUCGACUAUUUCAACGACAUCGAGUAUGCCUCCGAUGGCUACGAUAGCGCCACAUUCGAGACAAAGAACUGUCCGGGGGACACAAAAAUUGGUCAGAAGCGAAAGCGUCGUCCCGCGACGUCCCCUCGCCCUCGGAAGAGGCAUCAGCCCGUUCAAGCACCCGCAAUUGGCCAGGGAGACGCCGAUAUGCUCACCAACGCCCCCGUAGUAUGGCGAUCGCAGGCGGACCGCGACAUUGCUCCCAAGCCGUGGAACGGAGAUACUGGAUCUUACGCACUGCUGAAGGACUGGAGGGAGAAGCUGGCUGAUGCGCCCUCGUUGACCCCAAAGUCAUCACAACUGGCAACCCCAGCAUCAGUCGCAGCACACACACCCAAUAUCAAUUCCUCUCGAUUGACGGAGUCACUAUUGACCGCUACAACUGUGGAACCUGAGGGCGACGAUGCUGGAGUAGAGGGUGACGAGGGCGAUGAGGGCGGGGCACUGGAUCCUGCAGCUAUUCUCGCUGUCCUGCAGCAACGUCUAGCUGCCGAAGGUGGUCCACUCAGCGGAAUGAACCCCGAGCAAGUGCUGCAAUUCGCCAUGCGCAUGGCCAACGGCGAGGGUGCAGACGAUGAUAUUGCAGGCGAAAUGGCCGACGAGAUGCUGGAGAACAUGCUGGGCGCAGGCGACGAGGACGAGGAAGAAGAUGCCGACGCCGAAGCAAACCUCCGAACAUGGGUCAGUCAACAGCGUAAUCCAUCCAACACCACCCCCGCGACGAACGGAGACGCAUCGACCGUCAAUGCAAACCAUUCUCCUGCCGAGCCUUCUUCCUUACCUCCACCUCCCACCAGGCCACCCCGUAAAGACGCCAACGAAGACGAAACUAUGCACGGCGCUUCAGCAGAAGCGGACGGCGCCAACACACAAGAGGAACCCAGCACCGCUCCCUCUCCACCUCCCGUAAAAGGAACCCGUAAGCGUAAAGCAGCGCCUACAGACGCUGGUCCUGCCACCAACACCAAACGUCGUGCCACGCGCUCUUACCAAUCCUCUACAGCAGCCAGCCAGGCCAAAACCGUGCCUGCUACCCGCACCACAAGGAGUACACGGAGUAAGCGCUGA